CCGAAAGGUCAAUAGAGAACAGAUUUGAUGCUGCUGGAAUCUAUUUACUGAUAGUGUCACUUGUGCACCACCCAGGAGCCGGUGCUGGAAUCUCCAUGAUCAGCCUAUCACUCUACCUUCUACUAUACUUCGACAAGUACCGUGGCACUGCCACCGCCUUCAAGUACAGCGGCUGGGCAGCGUCGGGCAUUGUCGGUCCCUCCUUGAUCGGCUACGUUGCCGAGAACUACGGCGCCCAGGGAGCUCUUCUUCUCAUCGGUGCGAUGGCUAUGCACGCACUGCCACUGGUCAUGCUGCUGAGCGAUCCGCAGCCCGUGACCAUACCGGCGUGGUGUGUUAGAAAACGGGCGGAGGCCUCAUCAAUGCCCGCUGCACCGAAUGGGCUGCAAUAUCUAACCAAAGGGGAUCACCUGACACCAAAGCGACGGCUUCUUACGAGCGUCCUGACGAGGCGAUGCGCGACGAACGAGGAAGCGAAUAAAGAACCCGCGGCGAAGGACAAGGCGUGGGAGAAGGAGACCGUGAAACGCGACUCAGUCAAAAUCCUGGUGACGGACGUCACGAAGUUGGACGUGACGAAAUUGCGCAUUUCCAAUGGCUCGUCACGUGCGAACUGUGUCGCGAAGAAGCAUGUCGGCGCCAAGCAGAUGAGGGUUGGCUCGCCCAGUCUGCUGGCGCACUACGCGACACUCUUUCGGUCGCCCAUGUUUUACGUGCUCCUGAUACCCUUCAUGACGAUCGACUACAUGCUGGCGAUGGUCGACACCACCAUCGUCGAGUACGGAAUCGACAAAGGAGCGGCGACUCUCAAGGACGCCAAGCAGCUCCAGACCUACACGGCUGUGGGCCAGCUGGUCGGUCGCAUGGUGGUGCCCUUUGUCUCGGACAAGAUCGCGAGCAGUCGCUGUCCGUUCACGGCCGCGAGCCUCGCUCUGGCCGCCGCCUGCCUGCUACUGAUAUCCAGCGUUAAGGAUUUCACGACACUCGCUGUCCUGACCGCCGUAGUCGGCGUGUGCGAAGGUUAUCUGCUGUGCAUCAAGGGCGUGCUCAUCGGCGACUACUUGGGUGUGGAGACCCUGGCGGCUGUUUGCGGUCUGCUAGGAGUGGCCAGCGUCCCUGCCUUGUUGAGUGCGCCGUCCAUUAUAGGCUUUUUCAGAGAUCAACUGGGUUCGUACGACAAGUUUUACUGGAUGCUGGCGGGCGUAAGCCUCGUCUCUGCCAGCAUCAUGUGCUGCAUAGCAGUGACAGACAGACUACAUAGGAAAGCAUGGGACGUGCACAUUCCCAGCAAGAAACCGCCAGGAGAGAUUGUAGAAACAGCCCAAGGGACAGAGAGACCUGCUCCGAAGGACCGUUUGCCAUCGUAGCGCCUGGCACAGUCUUCGACUCAAUGUUUCAAGCAGGCGCAAGCAGCUUAGGUGUGACACCCAUGGACGUCGAAAGCUGGGAUUGGGCUAGCACCACGCUAAGACGACGUUAUGUGUCAUCGUGAUAACACUUACAUGAUAAUCCGUGGCUUAGGCAUACGGAGCUUAUCGAGUACCUCAAAAACUGCGAGAUUCGUUUCGAACUCUCGCGCAAUAGAUAUCACGCGGCUUUGGAAUUUUUACGCAAUGCUGUAUGAUAUAAGACCCCGUGACACCAGGAAACAGCCGUAAGCGGUAUAGUACAGGUGCUCAUUGCUCAGAGCAGCCUACGCUUUGGUGUGUAGUUUACAAGAGUCUACAAUAAGUGCCUACAAUAAGUGCAUAUGUUUUUGAAAGUGAAGAACAAACUUACGUUGAAAAGAAGAAGGUAUUCGAAAUCAGCGGCCAGUAAAACAAAGCAUCGGCGAGGUUUCGAAAUUGUAGCACAUGUAAAGAAGAUGGGGUUGAAAAAGUUGUCACAAACUGCUUUUUAUGCUUACCAAAAUCAGCGAUCGUGUUGUCAGAACCCCUUUCCAUAAUAAUAAUAGCUUUACGAAGACACUGGCCUCCUUAACAAGUACUAAAUAUCGCAAUGAAUAGUCACAUGAUGUAACUGUAGCUUCAUUCUAUAAUUUGUAAUUAUUAGAGCUUGUAUAUUAUUUGUUAUACUCUUUUGCAUUCUGCGUAUUCUCAUCUGUUUAUAAGCGCAUCACAGCCCACAUCAAGGUCACUCGUGAGUGUUUGUGACUUUGUUCACAAACUCAUUGUGGUGCAACUUCCCUUUGCAUUUUAUAUUUAUAUAUUUGUGGGUGUAUUGGCCUCGAGCUCCACCACUGGAAAAGCUGGCGCCACCGUCGGCGUGACGUGAGGGAUAACGUGGACAUAGCGGCCGCGUCGGCUGCUUCGGGAGCACCGGAGCGAGCUGAAAACGAGAGUUCAAAUUCCGUCGUACGCUGCAGUCCUCAUUUAGUGGCGAGAUUUUCCCGCUUCGAGUAUCUCCUUCACAACGCUUGAAAGCACUACAAUAGGUAGUGGCUGCCUUUGAAGGCGCGCAACAUGGUAGGCUACUGCUCGGUGCCGCAGUGCUGGACGUACGCAAUGGAGCCCGGUUUCAGCCUUAUUAACACGUAGCCGCAGGACAAAAAGCUGCGUGAAGCUUGGCUCGCGAAACAUAAAACCGGCAAACAGCCAUCGGCUACAACUCGGGUAUGCAGCAAGCACAGACGCGGGGAAGAUUUCUGCUACGGCGCCGGGUCUGCGAUGUUCGGAAAACGCGCACUGAGACGCUCGCCCGAGUCCGCUGCCCGACUAAUGUCAUGACGGUUUGGUCUAUGAACUUGUCCGUGCUAUAGACACUGGCAAGUUCACUGGAGUGGAAAGGGAGCGGUAAGAAGCACAUUAAAAAAAUCAUGGCAUAUGGUCAUGUUUGUGUUAUGAAUUAAUGCACUGGAUUACAAAAAAGAAGCAGCGGGAAAUCGCACGCUGAGAACACCGAUAAACAUACAGUGCGACGCAACUCGAGGAAUGAUAUUGAAACGUCCAAGAAUUUAGAAGAAAAAAAAAAGAUUGAAUCGUCGCAACGGCACAUCACAGUCCCCGUAGGCGUUGAAGUCUCUACAAUGAAAUUAUUUAUGAACAGCUCUGAUAGUGCCCACGCAACAAUGGUUGCUUGUAUAUUGUCAAAUGCUCAUAUUCUGCGGCCUAAAGCUCAUGGCACGGUGCGAAAACGCGCACGCGGUGGAAGCAAAACAGUGCGCGGACAUGCAUGCAGACGCGCAGUCGGUCGCUGUGAAUCUGUGCGAUCGCUGCAUUGAGGCUUAAUUCUAUUACGCUCCAUUUAGUUAUACAAACACUAUAAGAACAUAUUUCACAUAGUUUGCUCUCAGCGUUUGCCUACCUUUCACGCAAGAAGCCGGUUCGGGAGACUCCAUCGCGGCGACCGCGCGCAGUGGCGUGGCGCUCACUGUACGUAUGCGGUAAAGAGAUAGCGUCUGUGAACGAUUCUGUGCUUUCAGCUUGCCCAAGAUUAUUAUUUAGACAGUAAAAAACUCUCGUUUCGAAAGUGCUUACAGAAAUGUCCGGGAGAGCUCGCGCGUGGUGUUUUCAGUGAGCGCUGACAGCAAAACCUAUGAGGAGCGCGCCGCGUGAUCCCUCAUACUACGCCAGCGAGGCGCUUCCGAUAGAUGGCGACUCCGUAACUCCUCGCCGCCAAUAGGACUGUGUCCUGCGGAUUUUUGGCCCUAUGACGUGGUUUCCUUUC